AUGCUUGAUGAUUUCAAGUCAAAACAUAACAUCAAACAGUUGCUAACAACUAGAUGUGAAAUUCCUCCUUUUCCACCCUGGCUUCAGACUAUGAUCAAUAUAGACACCUCUUUAAGCUCUGUCAAGAAAAAUGAUAUUAGUGUCCAACAGCAACAAACUAGUUUUUCCAACUUCCUAGAAAAGUAUGAUGGUUAUAGGCGGCUGUACACGGAUGGAUCAAAGACAGAAAAUGGUGCUGGCUGUGCUUUUGUUGAACUUGAGGAAAAUAUGUCCUUUUUACAAAUUCUUUCUCCUUUGUCUUCUGUUCUUACAACAGAACUCUAUGCAAUUCUGGAAGCCGUCAAGUACACUAAAACGAUAACUUUCUCGCAACCUCAAAAAUUUUUGGUAAUGUCCGACUCCCUCUCUGGUCUUACAGCCAUAGAAAAUCAAGGAGAUAACCCUCUUCUCUUUGACAUUUCUGCUCAACUUCAAAAUUCACCACAUAACAUCAUUAUGGCUUGGAUCCCGGGCCAUUCGGGAAUCAUCGGUAAUGAAACAGCGGAUACUAUUGCCAAAUCUUGUUGUAAUCCAAAUAGUCCCCCUCUACACACACAUUUCGUUCCUCCACAAGAUUUGAAAAAAGCGCUCCAGUCUCACAUCAAUGAUUCCUGGGAAGACUACUGGAUGAACAACGACAAAAACUUACUUCAAAGAAUACCUAAGCCAUAUGAUAACACCUCCUUCAACAAACACCGCACCUGCGAA